AUGGACAUAUCCCACGAGAGUGAUACACAACUUGUUGAAUUUAAUGUCGAAUACACGUAUUAUGAAACGAGUCGCAAAACACCGAUUUUUAUUGGAAAAACUCAGCUAAAUUCAAUGAGAUACGACCAGUUGUCAUCACUUAUAAUAAGCGAAAUACCUUAUCUUGGCAGAAUAAACUGUGCCGAUUAGAUAUUGUAAAAAAGACGGGAAAGAAAAUGAAAUUGAUAUUUCGCCGAAGUAUUUCACUCAUCAAAUAACAAGACUUCUUGGAAGUGGACUUAACGCUUUUAGCGUGAGAGUUAUUGAGAGUGAAUCGCCACUUUCGUCUUCUUCCUCGACGACAACGUACAAAGGCAACGCUGCGCGGGACAAUACUGAACAUGAAAACCCUACAACUGGUGCAAGCAUCAAUGCGGGAAUCCAUUGGCAUCGUGUACUCUCAAGGCCAAAUGAACCUGCGGCUGCGGUUCUCCCAAGAAAAUCUCUCCUUACUCCAUUAGAAAG